UAUACCUAGUUGGAAGUUUCUAUUAAAUUUUUCCAGUCCGUUUUCGCGUUGUCUUCGAAAUGGGUUGUAUGUAUUCGUCAAAGUCAACAGAAGAUGAUACAAAUUUUACUGUGCAGUUUCAUAAGAGAGAAAGUGAAGAAGACCACCUUGGAUGUGUUGAAAUCUGUAACAGGCGAGAAUAUUUCGACGAGUUCGACUUAAUCUACGAAGAAAUGGUUGCAAAAGGCGGUAGAGGUCGUUUAAAUUUUCACAGCAUUAGAAAAUCGUUUUGUAUCAAGAAGAAAACGAUUAGUUUAUCUGUUCCGUAUCCAAGUUUUCAAACAACCGAUUCUAGAAGAUUGUUGAAAAGAAACAUGACAAAGUGGUUGAGUUAUUCACUUCCAAAGGAAGAUUGUAGUGCCCUUAUGCAGGCAGAUCAGUUAGAUUUGGGAAGAAAAUAUCUCUAAUGUAAUUUUAGAAUCGUCUUUUCUACAUUGAUAA